GGCGCAGCGUGGAUCCUGGCCUGGCCGGUCUGCUGGGGCGACAGGCUCCGCGCUCCAAACAGCCUUUCGUGGUCACCUUUUUCAGGGCGAGCCCCGGCCCGGGCCCCGCCCGAGCCCCUCGAGCGGUGAGGCCCCUGAAGAGGAGGCCGCCGAAAAGAACCAACGAGCUGCCGCCCCCGAACAAACUGCCGGGGAUCUUCGACGAUGUCCACGGCUCCCACGGCCGGCAGGUGUGCCGUCGGCACGAGCUGUACGUGAGCUUCCAGGACCUGGGCUGGCUGGACUGGGUCAUCGCCCCCCAAGGCUACUCAGCCUAUUACUGUGAAGGGGAGUGCUCCUUCCCGCUGGAUUCCUGCAUGAACGCCACCAACCACGCCAUCCUGCAGUCCCUGGUGCACCUGAUGAAGCCGGACGCGGUCCCCAAGGCGUGCUGCGCACCCACCAAGCUGAGCGCCACCUCCGUGCUCUACUACGACAGCAGCAACAACGUCAUUCUGCGCAAGCACCGCAACAUGGUGGUCCGCGCCUGCGGCUGCCACUGA